CAAAAAUACGGAGUACUUUAUGUAGACUCUUUUUCCUCGUCUAGUCUAGUUUAAAUGCAAAUGACCGUUUCUUCGAAAAAUACACUCCUAAUCCUUCCUCUCAAUUACAUUUUGAGAUUCACUUUAUCAAAUCUCAUUUGUAAUUAUUUACGAGUAUUUAUUGAAUAUCUACAGGAGAUAGGUGUAGUUAUGGCUUCCUCCUCCCCUGAGCCUUCCGCGAGACCUGAAGGAAGCAGUGGCAAUGAUGUUUGCGGUGGAGAAUCAUCAGAAACAGCAGGGCCGGCAGGAAGCGAUCAGCUAUCUUUGUACAGAUUACUGAAGAAAGCAAAGAAAGAGAGAGUCUGCACGGCUAAGGAGCGUAUCAGCAAAAUGCCCCCAUGCGCUGCUGGCAAGAGAAGCUCUGUAUAUCGUGGUGUCACUAGGCAUAGAUGGACUGGUCGUUAUGAAGCUCAUCUUUGGGACAAAAGUACCUGGAAUCAAAAUCAAAAUAAGAAAGGAAAACAAGUUUACUUAGGAGCAUAUGAUGAUGAAGAGGCAGCAGCUAGAGCAUAUGAUCUUGCCGCUUUGAAAUAUUGGGGCCCUGGAACACUCAUUAAUUUUCGAGUAACAGACUAUACUAGGGACCUCGAAGAGAUGCAAAAUCUUUCAAGGGAGGAUUAUCUCGCAUCACUUAGAAGAAAGAGCAGUGGUUUCACCCGAGGAAUAUCUAAAUACCGUCCACCCUCCUGUCCCCGGGAUUCACGAUUUGGCCAUUUUCGUGAAGCUAAUGAUUUCAGGAGCAAACAUCACGGUGAUGAUGUCACUGCAGAAAAUGAACAUCUACCCGGUUUUUGCAUGGACCAAAAAAUAGAUUUGUCAAGCUAUAUCAAGUGGUGGGGACCCACGACCAAAGUUCAGGCAUUGGAGGAACCAAAACAUGGCUGUUCUGAGGAUUGUAGUAGUAAUGAAGUAUUGGAAUUGACAGUUCAUCCAACUCAACCCUAUGAGAUGCCACGUUUAGGGCUAUCACAAAAAGGAGGGAAAAACAAUCAGAAAGUCACCCCAACCUCCACACCAACUAUUAUGAGCAUUUUGUCACAAUCUGCUGCUUACAAGAGUUUGCAAGAGAAAGCAUCAAAGAAUAAAGAAAAAGUUGAGGAUGAUGAGAACAACAGUGAUAAUUACGGGAAAACAAUUGAGAUGCUAAACGAUGGUAGUGCUGGGGGGAGGGAUAGUGAGCUUGGAGCUUUGUUUGGUGGGACUGGGAGUAGUGGAGGAUUAGCAAUGAUUAACAGAAACUUGAAUCCGCUGACUCCUAUCUUGUCUGCUCCUCUAAUGACCAACUACAAUGGGGGUGGUAUAGAUGCCUUGGCAGAUCCGGUUCUUUGGUCUCCUCUUGUUGCCUCUGUUUUUCCUUCCGGAUCUACAUCUUCACAUGCGGCCCCAGAGAUCACAAAGCAAGAGUCGGUUUCAGAUUAUACCUUUUUCCAGCGAAGUGAUUGAAUUUCAUUCAAUAAGUUUGUCGAAAGCCUUGAAUAAGGUUGGGCUAACAAACUCCAGUUUUCAUAUGUUAUGUGAACUCGGGAGUUCUCAAAAUGGUAGUGUGUGGACAUAUUCCUGUAUGUAAAGAUGUAAAAUAGUGUAUACUUUUUAAUUCGUUUAUUUGUUCUUUAAUAUUAGAAACCAGUUUUUGAUGCUUAUCAUAUGGGUGUGGGUUCCUGAUGAGUUUAUUAGUGGCAUCUCUGUUUUUGUUGUUGUAGUGACUCAUUUUCUCAAACGUCCUUUGCUUUCUUAGCAUGUUGGCGUUUACUUUCUAUAUUAAUCAGUUUUUUCUGCAUAA